AUGACCUGCUGGCCGCUCGAGGUGUACGACUACGGGGCAAAGGCGAUCACAGACGAGGCAGUGGGUGGCAUCGAUCUCCACGGAGGCGGCUGGAUCCACUGCAAAUGGUGCAACACGACGUUGAAGACGACCUCCUUCUCGCUUGGCAGCUGGACGACACAUAAGAAGACAAAGACGCACGUCAUCUGCGGGCAAAAGACCGUCGGGAGAGACCUCUUGCAGCCUCAAGUCAUCAGCUGUUCGUCCCAGUCCUCUGCGCACAGCUCCAUGUCCAGUACUAUGGACACGCGGAAGCUCGUGUCGGGAAGCCACUUGCUACUGGACCAGGACUCGCUCCUGUUGGUGCGUCGCCAUCUCUACAAGAACAAACAGCACCAGUGGCGACUCGAGCGAGACGUCAAUCAUGUGAUCAACGCAAUGACGAGCUUAGUCACUGAUCAGCAGAGCGACUUGACGACGCUGCGGGACAAAAUGAAUGACAUGGCACAGGAAAUCCAACGACUAAGGAACGAUCUCGAAACGCUUCGGCGGAAGCGAAGGCAGCAGCCGGCGCCGCCGCUGCAGCACAACGUGCGGGCACGACCGACCGAAAUAGCCGCACCGACGUCGUACGUCACUCCUCGUAGACUGAGCGCAAGUUACGGACGUGUUAGCCACGCUAUCAAACACGAACCCAGAACCAGGCAGACGGUGCCCACUAGCAACAGCAAACGAAGCAAGAGGAUGGCGAUGAUGGGCAGCUUGUCGGAUAUGGACGACUUCGAGAAACGCUUUCAACUCAAGGGACGCUGGUGA